AUGUCACUUCAGACCGACUGCGAGGUCUCCAAGCCUCACAAUGCCGAGCGUCCCCCAUAUCCCAUCGGCGUGCCGCUCAAAUUCGAUGAAUCAGGUGUCGCUCAGAGGUAUCCCGGCAACACGACCGUGUGCCAUCUCGCCUCGGAUUCGCAGCUGGUAGCCGGGUUGCGCAAAGUCUACGACACCAUCAAAUCACAUCCAACCCUCGGAGAGAAGAUCCGCCUCCUACCGGCCGCCUCGUGGCAUAUGACCGUUUUCGACGGCGUACGAGAAACCGAGUGCGAAGUAGGCAUGUGGCCUGUCGGCAUGGUCAAGAAGCCGCUCCCAGAAUCCACGAAAGACUUCUCUCAGCGUCUGAGGAAGUUCGGAAUGCAACUCGAGACGGAGGGUUUGGCUCCACCGUACAAGAUGAAGGUCCUCGAUUUUGACGCUGCUGUUGUUGGAAUCGGCCUCCACGUUGAAGGUGCCACGCCAGAAGAAGAGAAGCGCAUGCGCCGGCUGCGAGACCGCUUAGCAUCAGUCCUUGGGUUUCGGGCUCCCAACCACGAGGUUUACCCGUUCCACAUAUCGGUAGCAUACCUCCUCCGGUAUAUCGAAGGAGAUGACAGGAUCGAGUUGAACAAAGUGCUGGACUCCCUAUUACCAGAGAUUCAGAUGGACUUUGAGCUAGGUGCAGUCGAGUUCUGUACUUUCGAGAACAUGUUGGAGUAUCCGCGACUCUUCUAUCUCGGCGAACCGGAGACGAGUUAG